UAAAGAUCGCGGCUGCUGCUGUGGCUCUCAUCUUCUUCAGGGAGGUGCUGCUGCUACUGCUGCUGCUGCUGGUGGUUUUACGAGAGCGUGUGUGUAUAGAGAGAGACUGGAGACCCAAAUGCAGCAGCAGGAUUGAAUGAGCCGCCUGUACACAUUUCGCCAGAGCCGAGAUGUUGACCGUCCCGGCAGUUUGACGACGAAAAAUCACGUUGGUAUCGGGAUCUGGCGUUAACGAAGACCGGGAUUUUAAUGCGGAGAGAAAACCGUUACCGUUACCGUGCGCGAGACGGUCUGGGCUAGCUCGCUAGCAAAGCAACGGCAGAAAUAACGAGUGACUUUAAACAAAAAAUAAUAAUAAAAACCCAGUUUUUCCAUGGACAACACGUCCAUAAUCACCCAGGUAGCGAAUCCAAAGGAGGAGGAAAUCAUUUCUUCGAGUCGACAAGAAAAAGUCUCGCAGUCAAACAGCAGCUUAAAGAAACACCGGAGCAGGAGCAUCUUCAGCCCCUUCUUCUGCUGCUUCCGCAACUACAAUGUGGAACCACCGGCCCCCAACAACAAAACCUGCACCCUGCCUCCACCUGCCGAGGAAAACGGCGGCUCUCCUAAGUGUGAUCAGGUCCAGGUCAUCCCUAUCCCCAGUUCUCCAGCCAAAUACCUCCUGCCUGAGGUCAGCAUCAACGACUACGGCAAGAACUGUGUGGUGAUCGACCUUGAUGAGACGUUGGUACACAGUUCCUUUAAGCCUAUCAGUAAUGCGGAUUUUAUAGUCCCUGUGGAGAUCGAUGGCACGGUUCAUCAGGUGUAUGUGCUAAAGAGACCUCAUGUGGACGAGUUUCUGCAGAAGAUGGGUGAACUGUUCGAGUGUGUGCUCUUCACAGCCAGCCUAGCAAAGUAUGCUGACCCUGUGGCAGACCUGCUGGACCAGUGGGGUGUGUUUCGGGCGCGACUCUUCAGGGAAUCUUGCGUGUUCCACAGGGGGAACUACGUCAAAGACCUCAGCCGGCUGGGCCGACAACUCAGCAAAGUAAUCAUAGUGGACAACUCACCCGCUUCAUAUAUCUUUCACCCGGAGAAUGCUGUCCCAGUGCAGUCGUGGUUCGACGACAUGGCGGACACAGAGCUGCUGGACCUGCUGCCUCUGUUUGAGGGUCUGAGCAGGGAGGAGGACGUUUACAGUGUGCUACAGAGCCUGAGGGCCAGGUAGCACUAAGACUGGCACUGCCCUCUACCGCUCUUUCCCCGACACACGGACACUUCCCCACUACCGUUCAGGCCAGGCCAGCAUUCAGCUGUGGCCACUAGACGGCGCCACUCUCUCAGACAAUGGAGGACACAACUGUUUCCCACCUCGCUGUAUUCGCUGUGGGUGGAACCCUCACCCGCCCUCAGACAGUUUAUUGGACCAUUUGCCAACAUGUGUCCCUGGCACGGGAAAAAAGUGUAUAUAGUGUAGGUUUCUGAAUUUGCCGGAGAACAAGAAGAAAAAACAUAAUGAGCCCAAAUUAAUUUUUGUAUGUAUGAGUUUACUAUCCUAAAGCUCUAUAUAUUUACCACAAACAAAGGGGUAAAAUCAGAAAACAAAUCUAUUUUUCUUUCCCAGAGGGCGAUGAAAAGGCCGUAGCCAGUCAACCCUUUGGUUCAUGCUAUGCAGGCAGACUUUUCUUGAUCACCAGUCGUUCCAACAACUGUGACUUUUUCUCUUACCAAAUAAAGUGCCUUCUGACUGUU